AGUACAUGCAGGUAGAGGGGUCUGUGGGCCGCUAUAGCACUAAUUCUCCCGGGCUGAAAUUUUGCCCCUGCACGCCUCUGGUCGGAGCUUCCACUUGGCACGGGCGCAAAUUUAGCAUCUGCACGUUUUUUUUUGUUUUUGUGUGCUGCAUGUCUGUGGAACUCUCGGCCGAGUGCGGAUGGUGCGUUCAGGAGCGUCGGAAUUUUCUAAACUACUGAAAAUAACUGGGUUUACAACGGCUUAUAUGUGAAGAAUUUGAAUGUGUUGGAGACAAAAUGACCCCUGACAAAAAGUGGGGGGGACACGUCCCCACCGUCUCCCCCUAAACUGACGCCUAUGACCCCCAGUCCGUUCCUGCUGAUAAGAAGACAAAAUCAAUAGAAUAGAGGACAAGAGCUUUAACUAGUGAUAUGUCAGAUAUUCACUCGUUAUUUGAACCGUUCUCAGCAGAAAACAUUAAUCAGUGAUAAAAACAGAACAUCAACCUGGAGGAGAAACCAUCACAUCUGAGCAAAUUAAAACCUCCAUCAAACGACUAAAAUGAAGAGUUUGCUGCAUCCUGCUGUGGUUCAAUGUCCGAGGUUUCUUUUGAAAGUUCUCUGUUGGUCUGUAGCAGUCUUUCUGUUUCAUGUCUGCACUCUUUGGGCCACAGUGAGAAGGAGUUUCCUUGUUGCUGUUGUUGGGAUGGUGACCCUGUUUCACCGCCAGGACUUCAAUAAAGUGGACAAUUAGAAGUGAAAGAGCUUCAGCUGCUGAGAGCAGCGGCUCAGGUUCCUCCUCUAAUUAUCCAAUCAGCAGGCGGCUCCAGGUGCUGAGCAGCUUUAUCAUCCUCAGGUGAGGCAGCAGUCUGCAGCAGCUUCCAGCUCUUCGGUGCUUCCCGGCGGGCAGAGAGCAGCUCAGUGGACCGGAGCAUGUCGGCGGCUAACGGGCGGAUGAUGAUGGCCUGGGUUUGGCCCGCUUUGGUGCUUCUAGCCCGGCUCACCACGGCAGAGGAACCGCGUCGGGACGCACACGGAGCUUUGGCCGGCUCUGAGGCGCUGUUCUCGGACUCCGAGCCGCCGAUGGAGACCCGCAGCGGAGGAGGCUUCCUGCCGGUGCCGGUGUGGAAGUUUGUGAAAGAUGCUGCAGACGAAUCAGAUUUGGGCCGACCACAGUUUCUCUGCAGCAACACGUCCCUCUCUGUUCGCUUGUCGCUCAUCCGACACUCUGACCUGCGUCUGCAAGAUGGGAGGAGGUUGCCGUCGCUGCAGCAGGGAUGUGGUGGUUCUGUUGGGACCGUGGGGCCGUGGCUGCUGCUGAAGCUGCCUUACACCAGCUGCCAUGUGGCAUCACAGGUUUCAAACGGAACGUGGUUCCACCAGCUGAAGCUGCGUUACUUCGACCACCUGCUGCGGGAGAACAUGACAGCUGUGGUCACCUGUGAGGAUCCUGCAACGUUGAGCCUGCCAGCAGUGAGCUGCCAGAGCACAGAUGUGGCUGUGAAACUGCCUCUGGGAAGCAGACUGCAGAAGGUGAAGGCUCUGGGGAAAGAUGUGGUGGUUGGGAGGGUGCAGACCAGCACUACUCCAGGACCAGUGUUGGUGCAGAUCUCCACACCGGCAGACAAGGUAAGGAGAGAUUGA